CACCCCUCCCGCUGCCGGCGGCUUUGGGGCCCCGGUGGGGAGCAGGGGGCUGAUUAGCCGAGGAGCAGGGGUGUGGCCAGCGGGGCCCCGGGUAGUGAGUCACACACGCUGCUCGCCCAGUCCGGGGGCCGAGCGCGCUCCCAGCCCGAGCUGAGCACUGUUCUGGCCAGAAGAGUGUCCCCGGGCUUGGCAUGAGGACCCUGGGGUGCCAAGGGAGGGGCUGAAGCCCAGCGCGGUGGUGGAGGAGGGCGGACAGAAUGACUGAGAACAUGAAGGAGUGCUUGGCGCAGACCAAGGCAGCCGUGGGGGAGAUGGUGACGGUGGUGAAGACAGAGGUCUGCUCACCGCUCCGCGACCAGGAGUAUGGCCAACCCUGCUCUAGGAGACCAGACCCCUCCGCCAUGGAAGUGGAGCCCAGGAAACUGAAGGGGAAGCGUGACCUCAUCAUGCCCAAAAGCUUCCAGCAAGUGGACUUCUGGUUCUGCGAGUCCUGCCAGGAGUACUUUGUGGAUGAGUGCCCGAACCAUGGUCCCCCGGUGUUUGUGUCCGACACGCCGGUGCCUGUGGGCAUCCCAGACCGGGCGGCCCUCACCAUCCCCCAGGGCAUGGAGGUGGUCAAGGAAGCCAGUGGGGAGAAUGACGUGCGUUGCAUAAAUGAGGUCAUCCCCAAGGGCCACAUCUUCGGCCCCUAUGAGGGGCAGAUCUCCACCCAGGACAAAUCAGCUGGCUUCUUCUCGUGGCUGAUUGUGGACAAGAACAACCGCUACAAGUCCAUUGAUGGGUCAGAUGAGACUAAAGCCAACUGGAUGAGGUACGUGGUCAUCUCCCGGGAGGAGAGGCAGCAGAACCUGCUGGCGUUCCAGCACAGCGAGUGCAUCUACUUUCGGGCGUGCCGGGACAUCCGGCCCGGGGAGCGGCUGCGGGUCUGGUACAGCGAAGACUACAUGAAGCGCCUGCACAGCAUGUCCCAAGAGACCAUCCACCGCAACCUGGCCAGAGGAGAGAAGAAGUUGCAGAGGGAGAAGUCUGAGCAGGCUCUGGAUAACCCAGAAGACCUGAGGGGUCCCCUGCAGCUCCCUGUGUUGAGACAGGGCAAAAGUCCCUACAAGCGUGGCUUUGAUGAGGGGGACGUGCACCCCCAGGCCAAGAAGAAGAAAAUCGACCUCAUUUUCAAGGAUGUGUUGGAGGCCUCACUGGAAUCUGCAAAGGUAGAAGCCCACCAGCUGGCACUGAGCACCUCGCUGGUCAUCAGGAAGGUCCCCAAGUACCAGAACGACGCCUACAGUCAGUGUGCAAUGACUGUGUCACAUGGCGUGCAAAAUGUCACCCGGACCCAGGGAGAAGGAGACUGGAAGAUCCCCCAAGGGGUUUCCAAGGAGGCAGGCCCACUGGAGGAUGAAGAGGAGGAGCCUUCGUCGUUCAAGGCCGACAGUCCCGCCGAGGCCUCCCUUGCAUCCGACCCUCACGAGCUGCCCACCACCUCCUUUUGCCCUAACUGUAUUCGCCUAAAGAAGAAGGUCCGGGAACUCCAGGCCGAACUAGACAUGCUUAAGUCUGGCACGCUUCCUGAGCCCCCCACCUUGCCAGCACAGGUACUGGAGCUCCCCGAAUUCUCAGACCCCGCAGCCUCAGAGAGCAUGGUCUCCGGCCCUGCCAUCAUGGAGGACGACGACCAGGAGGUCGAUUCGGCAGACGAAUCCGUCUCCAACGAUAUGAUGACGGCCACCGAUGAGCCCUCCAAGAUGUCGUCGGCCACCGGGCGCCGAAUCCGGCGCUUCAAGCAGGAGUGGCUGAAGAAAUUCUGGUUCCUGCGGUACUCCCCGACCCUCAACGAGAUGUGGUGUCACGUCUGCCGCCAGUACACGGUGCAGUCCUCCCGCACCUCGGCCUUCAUCAUCGGCUCCAAGCAGUUCAAGAUUCACACCAUCAAGCUGCACAGCCAGAGCAACCUGCACAAGAAGUGUCUGCAGCUCUACAAGCUCCGCAUGCACCCCGAGAAGACGGAGGAGAUGUGUCGCAACAUGACCCUGCUCUUCAACACCGCCUACCACCUGGCCCUGGAGGGCAGGCCCUACCUGGACUUCCGGCCCCUGGCCGAGCUGCUGCGGAAGUGCGAGCUCAAGGUGGUGGACCAGUACAUGAACGAGGGAGACUGUCAGAUCCUCAUCCACCACAUCGCCCGGGCGCUGCGCGAAGACCUGGUGGAGCGCAUCCGCCAGUCACCCUGCCUCAGCAUCAUCCUGGACGGACAGAGCGACGACCUGCUGGCUGACACGGUGGCAGUCUACGUCCAAUACACCAGCAGCGACGGGCCCCCGGCCACGGAGUUCCUGUCCCUGCAGGAGCUGGGGUUCUCCAGCACAGAGAGCUAUCUGCAGGCGCUUGACCGGGCCUUUUCCGCCUUGGGCAUUCGGCUGCAGGAUGAGAAGCCCACCGUGGGCUUGGGCAUAGACGGGGCCAACGUCACGGCCAGCCUGCGGGCCAGCAUGUUCAUGACGAUACGCAAGACGCUGCCCUGGCUGCUGUGCCUGCCCUUCAUGGUGCACCGGCCCCACCUGGAGAUCCUGGAUGCCAUCAGUGGGAAGGAGCUCCCCUGCCUGGAGGAGCUGGAGAACAACCUGAAGCAGCUGCUGAGCUUCUACCGUUACUCGCCACGCCUCCUGUGCGAGCUGCGGUCCACGGCGUCCACCCUCUGCGAGGAGACGGAGUUCCUGGGGGACAUCCGGGCUGUGAGGUGGAUCAUCGGAGAGCAGAACGUCCUCAAUGCCCUCAUCAAGGACUACCUGGAGGUGGUGGCCCACCUCAAGGAUGUCAGCAGCCAGACCCAGAGGGCAGACGCCUCGGCCAUCGCACUGGCCCUGCUGCAGUUCCUCAUGGACUACCAGUCCAUCAAGCUCGUCUACUUCCUCCUGGACGUGAUCGCCGUGCUGUCGCGCCUGGCCUACGUCUUCCAGGGCGAGUACCUCCUGGUGUCCCAGGUGGACGACAAGCUCGAGGAGGCCAUCCAGGAGAUCAGCCGGCUGGCCGACUCUCCGGGGGAGUACCUGCAGGAGUUCGAGGAGAACUUCCGGGAGAGCUUCAACGGGAUCUCCGUGAAGAACCUCAGGGUGGCCGAAGCCAAGUUCCAGUCCAUCCGGGAGAAGAUCUGCCAGAAGACCCAAGUGAUCCUGGCUCAGCGGUUCGAUUCCCGCAGCCGGAUCUUCGUGAAGGCCUGCCAGGUGUUUGACCUGGCCGCCUGGCCCAGGAACAGCGAGGAGCUCAUGAGCUACGGCAAGGAGGACAUGGUGCAGAUCUUUGAUCACCUGGAGGCCAUCCCCACCUUUUCCCGGGAUGUCUGCAGGGAAGGGCUGGACCCCCGGGGGAGUCUGCUGAUGGAGUGGCGGGAACUCAAGGCUGAUUACUACACCAAAAACGGCUUCAAGGACCUGAUCGGCCACAUCUGCAAAUACAAGCAGAGGUUUCCACUCUUGAACAAGAUCAUCCAGGUCAUCAAAGUCCUCCCCACCUCCACCGCUUGCUGCGAGAAAGGCCGAAACGCCCUGCAGCGAGUCCGCAAAAACCACCGCUCCCGCCUGACCCUGGAGCAGCUCAGCGACCUGUUGACCAUCGCUGUCAACGGCCCCCCGAUCGCCAACUUUGAUGCCAAGCGAGCCCUGGACAGCUGGUUCGAGGAGAAGUCUGGCAACAGUUACACACUGUCGGCCGAGGUCCUCAGCAGGAUGUCUGCGCUGGAACAGAAGCCAGUGCUUCAGACCGUGGACCACGGGUCAGAGUUUUACCCGGAUAUUUAGGGAGCCGGAUCGCAGAGUUCACUAAGCUGUUGAAUAUUUUUUUAACCUAUACUCAUAAGCUUUGAUACAUUAUAUAAAUAUAUAUUAUAUUAUAUAUAUAUAUAUACAUAUAUAUAUAUAUAUAUAUAUAAACCCACACUGAAAAAAUGUUAAAAACCAAGGUGACACGUCCACCAGAAGCUACUGGGAAAGGAAUAAUGUCAGAAACUGACUCUCGUCUACAAAAUUUGGCAGCUGCAACACACGUGGAAACUCAUUUUCACUCACAGAAGCAUGUGCUGGGGCCACACGUGCUCCCACCUCACAGUCAACCCACCGCAUAAGCUAAAAUGACGGGUCUGUCAUCACCUUAGGUAGCUCAUUUUGUUUCUGUUCUCGUUCGGGGGUUGAGGGGUUUGGGUUUGGGUGUAUGUUCUUGCCUUUUUUUUUUUUUUCUUGUUUGGUUUCAUGAGGGGGGUUUCUUGGCCUCUUCAUUGACCGGCUGGUCCAGCUGAAUCCGAUCUCUCAUUUGGGAGAGGGUGGGCUGUGUAUCUGGAUCGGGGUAUUUGACUUUUCCCUCUCCCACCCAACUUCAGCUUGAGAGAUUUUCAUUCAUUUCCUGACCAGCGUUCCUUCACUGUCUCGAAACAAAAGCGUCGGUCAGACUGUGACACCCACCACUCCCUACCCGUGUCGCUUGUCCUGUCCCUUGUCUGUUGAAUCCCUCCUUCCAGACCCCUGGAUCCUAAACAUUUUCCCUGUUAUACUGAAGGCAAAAUCGCCUUACACCGAGCUUGAAAUCCCGGGGACGGGGUGGGGGUGGGGCGUGAGCGCCUUGCCUUCCUGUUUGACCUGGUGUGGGAUAACAUAAUAUAAUUCCAUUCAGAUCCAGGGAAUAUGGGGGGAAUGAAGAGCCAAAAAGUCUAUACCCCAGUAGGGCAGCAAUUUUUGGCUAAAAACAAGUAAAAUGAAAAGUAUGUAAUCAAUUUACAUGAAUUAUUUAUACUCUGUCUUUAUAAUCAUAUAAUGUGUUUGGGGGUAUUUUAUUUUCCCUUUAAUAAUCAAGAAAUGCCUGCUAGAGUUCGGUGGCAGGAGAUGUCAAUGCAAGUUGUGCCCUGGGUUAUGCGUAACUCCGAUGAGAGUCUCUAGAGAUUGGGUCCUUUUGCAGUAAGGCUGAUGACGAGCCCUGCAGCCUGGCAGGAAGGUAGUGGGAAAGUGGGUAAUGCAUCUAUGCCGGCGAACGCUUCCUUUUUUGAACAGGGUAGAGACGUCCUAAAAGAAAGGAAUACACAAGAGGUAAGACAGGACUCUCAAGGCAUCAGCCUACACACGCACACGCACACGCACACGCACACACACACACCCCCCGAGAUAUAAGCUUUAGAAAUAGCCACUCGCCUACUCCCUGAGGCAAGGAGUGGUUUAAUCUAGAGGAGUCUUGAUCAAUGCUCUUUUGUUCCUUUAAUUACCAGUAUACCUCGCAAGGGAGUUUUUUAAAAAAUGUGCGUGAGCUGUUAAAAACUUCUGUCCAUGUUUCCACAUCUGAUGUAUGCAUAUCUGAUAUGCAGAGAUCCUGCAUCGUGGGUGCAGGUUAUACUGGGGGGAGAGAGGAAGAGCUGCAUUGUCUGUGGUCUGUCGGGAGCCAUCCCUCUCAGUUGGCAGAGGGUGGGCAAAGGACGGUGUGAUCUGGCCACAGGCAUGGCUCCAGCGUCCCCCACCUGCUCGGCUCAGACAUUAGGAAACUGUGGUGGCUUCCUUCCUUCUUGGUUUAUCUUGUCUCCGAGGGCUCAUGCCACCGUUGAGAACCGGAGUGGAACUGUCAUCAACACUGAACAUGUCACCCCCUCCUUCCUUGUCCUGCCAGACCUUCACCCCCUCCAGAUCCCUUCCCCCCCACCCCAUGGUCUUGGUGCUAAGAUAACUUUAGAGUCAUUGCUGCUAGUCGAUAGCUUUUCAUUAUAUAAAUAUAUUAUAUAUAUUAUAUAUUAUUUUUGAAACUUUUUUGUUUGUUUUCAACAGUGAUGUAGCAUGUUAAAAAAACAAAAAACCAACUGGUUUUCUCCAACUGUCCCACUGCCAGGCCUCAUAUGCUGCCUUCUUCAACAAAUCAAUGCACCCCUGCCUGGUGACAUUCACCCCUCACCCCCCUCCCCAGUCGCACGUACUUUCCCACCCUCCUCUGAACAAGGAGAGAGUUAGCAGGAACUUGCAAGGAAAGACCCAGAGCCCUUCCUUGUGCUUUGAAGUUCCCAGCUUCAUCCGCUUCUCCACUUUAGGCCGAUGUCUUCUCUCCCCAUCUGCCUCCUCCCAUCAGGGUCAGUAACUGUGGUCAAGUGCAAAGCACAAGGGUCCACCUUUCCCUCCCCAACUUCCUCUCCACCACACACCCAAACCACCGUGUCUGUGGGAGCUUCCUUUGAACAUCGCACAGACUGAGAUGCGUUGAGGGCAGAGAUGGCUGGCAAGGUGGGCCUCCGUAGGGGUCAGAAACAGUAGUCAGGAUCCUUUCUUCUAGCCAACAGUUGCCUUACGCCUCCUCCUGCCCCCCUCUGCACCUCCCCACCCACUAUGUCAGGAGAUAGGGAGUCCUCCCCUAGACCACUCAUUUGGAAACCAGGAGGAGAGAAUCGCCCAUGGCUGCCUGAGUACCGCAGCAGGGCUGCGACUGUUUCCUCUCAGGAGGCCGUGGCCAAAAUCAGCUCAAAUUUUUAUCCAGAGGGGAAAAAAUCCUUUGGGCCAAUGCCAGUGUCUACCUUGUCUUUUUAGAGGGGCAGGAGCUGGCCACCUGCCUCUGGGCCAGAAGCCUGAGCAGCUGCUAGCGGCACGAGGCUGCUCGCCAUCACCUGCCCAGCUAGACUCCAGACCUCAGAGAGGAUGAGCUCUCUGGCAGGUCCUGAAGUUGGGGAAGGCCUCCCUAAAACUCCAGUUGCCCAUGAUACUCUGAAGGCCACUUUGCCUUGGGACAGGGAGCAAUUUGGGUGACACACCACUGCAAUUGACACAGAGUCUUUACCUCUUGGAGGCUCCAGUGUUUCUAUCCUGUGAAUGCUGCAUGCAAUUACCCAUGAUUUCCAUCCCUGGCGUUUCCACUCUUCUGCGUCCUUGAGAAGGACUCUUGGACUGUGGGGACCCUCGGGGUUUGGCCCAGGGAACCGCAUGCUUGGGCAGUCUAACCUCCCUUUGAUAAGUACAAAAAGCUGUGGCUAGGCGGUCCUUGCAUCCUCGUCCCUUCGGACGAGACAGAGCCCUUAAACUCAGCCCCUGGCUUAGGAGUGACGACCAUUGGUUUAGAAUGAAAGGUCUGUGUCUCUAGAAUUGAAACUUGUCCUCAUUGGGUUGGCUGAUCAGUGACUUUCUUCGGUUCAUGGAGGGGGCGGGAAGUGAGAUCAGGUUCGUGGCCAAUUGUGCCAAAGAGACAUCGCAGAGCUCGGGAGCCAGAAGCCCUUGUGAUUAAAAUGGUCUGCUUUUCCUCAGUGGAGGAAAAAAAAGACCCAUUGCCAUUUUGUACCUAUCUGUGAGACCCGAGGACAGCCCAGCCCUGUCUGUAACUCUUGCCAUGUCCCAAUUUCCGAGUUUCGCCUGCCUGGUUGAAUGUGAGAAUCCGGGCAUCCACGACACCAGCUUUUUUUUUUUUUUUUUUUUUUUUUUUCUUCCAUGGCUGCGGGCAGCAUCCUGUGGUGCUGGGCAGACCCUCAUUUCCUCAUCCUCACGGGAGGAUGAGACCAGGCUCGACGUCCUGGAUCCCUGGCUGGUCGCGUUCGGUGCUGGGCCCUGAAUCUAGGGCAGCUGGAGGUCUCCAGCCCGCCCCUGCUACCCGUUUCCAUGCUGAGCUGUCUUGCUGAGGCCCCUCUCCUUGACUUGCUUAUGUUGACGCUUUGAUUUGGAGUAAGGAGCUUGUAAUUAUUUAAGAUGAUGUUUAAAUAUUUUCCAGUUGUUUAGAAGUGUUAUCAAGAAGGAGAAAACAGGCGAAAGCAUGUAGAGUGCUGAAAAUGAUCGUGGAGAGACUGAAAUGGAUCAGACGUGGCCCAGCUUGGGCUGUGGGGCGGGCAUCGUUUUAGCCGUUCACCUGGAGCCUCAUGGGGCCCAGGAAGUGGCUUGGGGGUUGAAAGAGAACUUCUAGAUUCCUCCCCGCUUUGUUUGUUCUCCCACCCCCCUAGGAACAGGAAUUCUGUAUCUAGAGCUGGUUGUGGUUUCCGGUCUGGGUGGAUUUCCAAGUCGAAUUUGUGUUCUGUCUUGGUCCCUACACCCAGUUUGGGUAGAAGGUUCUGGAUCCCCUCGCCCGUUCAAGCAGCAGGCCCAGCCAGGCCAGCCUGGGACAGCCAAAGUGGGGAGUGCCUCUUCCUUAGACAAGAAAGGCAUGUUCAGAGGGCAGGUGAGCUUGGGACAGUCCCAUUGCAGAUGCCAGCCUCCUGGGGAACGUGGGUCAUGGGUUCUAGGCUGGCUCCCUCCUCCAGCUUCGAGGAGGGAAGAUUAUGUCCAGAGAUACACAGGGCCCUUCUCCUGCUCGGAGGAAGGCCUCUCUCUACUAUCUGUGGACAUGGUGCUUUAGGUGAGUGGAUGGAGCUGUGAUAUUUUAAGAAGACUUUGAGGUGAUCUUUGUGUGUUAGCCAGAGGGAGGAAAAGUGCCCUUUUGGGAGGAAAAUGGUACGGCCCUCCUCUUCGGUCUGGCUCUCCCCAUCCCCCCAUCCCUUCAAGUGGUAUCGCCCUGGAAAUACCUAUGCAAUCCAGUCUCCCUAGGAGAGCGCAUGGAAGCAGGGGUAUGUGCAGUGUAUGAUACAAAUGCUACAGCAUAUAUAUUGUAUAUAUGGACAUAUGCAGUACGUAUACACACAGAGUAAGAGAUUAAAUCCCGUCUAUAUAUCUAUGAAUAAUAUCCUAUAUAUUUAUACAUUUCUAUGUUUAAAUAGAUAUAAAAAUAGAGUCUAUAGAGAGCUGGGAGAGCAGCGGGAAAGCCUGCCGCUUGAGAAGAGGGAGGAGGCAGAGCCUUUGCGGGGGGGCCGGGGAAGCUGAGCAGGCAGAGUUUGCUGGGAACGGGGCCUCCGAGACCCGGAGUGUUGAAGAGGAGGGGAGCCGGGCCCUGACCCUCUCCGUGCACUUUCUCUUCUUUCCCGCAGGCUUGGUCUGAGGUUGGAAGGAGAUACUCAGCCCCUGAGCUCCCCGUGGAGUGCCCCCUUAGUCCCCGCCCCCCACAAGCCUACGCUUGGGUGGUCACUGCUGCUUGGCAGUAGGAUGUGGUCUCUGACCCCUGGUGGAGGGACCACUGCACAGUUUCCCCAAAUACCCUCCCCCUCACAGGAAUAAGCAGCAUUUGUGGCCAUAGGAAAGGUGCAAAUUGGACCAAGAGAGGUCCAGGAAAGAUGCCACCCGCUCCCCCUUUAGAUGCUUUUUGCUGCCCCCUAGAGGCCAAACCUCUGAACUACAGCCGUCCUGGCCUCCCUCACCCACUCCAUCGCUGUCUGCCAGGGCAGCAUGGCCAGCCAGCGCUGCCCACCAUCCAGAGGCUUUCUGGCCAGGGCAGGGGGCAUCAGCUAACGGGGAAGGGUGAGAGAGACAUAUCCGCACACUCAUAAAUUCAGUAGCAACUCAAGUUCAGAAGGAGGGCUUUGGCCCAGCCCACUUUGCACAGCUGCUGCUGGCUGUACUCAGGUCAACGCUCUUCCCUCUCUUGCACGGAGGCCCAGCGACCCCUCACCCCACCGACACCGUAACAGGCAGGUUUAGUUCACGUACACUGUUCUGAUUCUGUGACUCGAGGCAGAGGCUAAGCCGGAUGCCCCAAGCUCAUUCACUUCCUCCGGGGAGGGCGCCUCCCUCAGUUUGUCCCUGCUCCCACCCCUAGAUGGCAGGGAUGUCUGGGGGCCUGAGGGGGCACUGGUGCCACUGGCAGCAUGACGAAGGGCUUGUGCAGCCCUGACAGAAUCAGAAACCCGUUUCACUUCCAGGUUUCUCUCGAUCGUUUCUUUCCCCGGGAGGUAGGGAGGUAGGGGCUGAUGGGGCUACAGAUGAUGGGAGACGGAGGGCAGUGGCAUCCUCUGUUCUGUAGACCAGCCUCUGCCUUUUGGCCUUCAAAGGCGCUUAUCUCCCAUCUCCGAGCCUCCCCUGACCUCUGUCCUACUCUUCCUCCCAUCUUACCAACGUACCUCAGUCCCCAGCAGACAUCCCCAUACCUACAGUCCGGGGAGGGUCUGUUCUGACAGUGCCCACCUCUUCUCCCCUCCACGUCCACCUGGGUCUCCUUGAGCCACAGCUAGCUGCCAACCGGGCCUCCAAACACCCUCCAGUGCCUGGCUCAAGAGAGACCAGGCCCGGCCCGAGCCUUCCUCCCUCUGCGGUGGACCAGACCCGUGGCCAGGGGAUGGGCAUCCCCGGGUAGCAAUCCCACAAUGCACUGUACCUCAGAGAGAGAGCAUACCAUGGGGCAUCAAGGGCGCCGGGCCCUCCCUCCAGAGGAGGACAGCCGGUUACAAUACUGCUCACAAAAAGACAAGGGCCAGGCUGCCCUCGGGGCACCCUCAGUCUUCACUUUAGUCUCUCCGGAAGAGCCAGCAGUCUGAUUCCCGUCUUUUUCAGCCCCGUCUCUCUCCUUCUCUCCACCCCCCACGCUGCUGAACCGUUUCAUUUCAAUCACAAAGGAAAAACACAGUGGGGGUGGGGGGAAUACCUAGGAGUCUAUUAUCACAUACAUAUUAAUAUGUUAAUACUUUCUUUCUUAAAAAAAACAACUCUUCAUGUUAUUACUUUGCAGACUACGCUUUAUAGUACCUGUGUGACGGGACCUAGAACACUGGAUACAAAUAGAGCUAUGUUGGUUUAUCAUAAUAUGUACGCAGAAACUUUCCUUUUGUCAUAUUAUCCUUGUAAUGUAAGAAGAUUGUUAAUAAAAGCAUUUA